CCACCAAUGACCAGGUCACCAAGGAUGCUGCAGAGGCUAUAAAGAAAUACAAUGUUGGUGUCAAGUGUGCUACUAUCACCCCCGAUGAGAAGAGGGUUGAGGAGUUCAAGUUGAAACAAAUGUGGAAAUCACCGAAUGGCACCAUCCGAAACAUUCUGGGUGGCACUGUCUUCAGGGAAGCUAUUAUCUGCAAAAAUAUCCCCCGGCUGGUGACAGGCUGGGUAAAACCCAUCAUCAUUGGUCGUCAUGCUUAUGGGGACCAAUACAGAGCAACUGAUUUUGUUGUUCCCGGGCCAGGAAAAGUAGAGAUAACCUACACACCGAAAGAUGGAGGUCAAAAGGUGACAUAUGUGGUACAUAACUUUGAAGAAGGGGGUGGUGUUACCAUGGGCAUGUACAACGAGGACAAGUCAAUUGAAGACUUUGCACACAGUUCCUUCCAAAUGGCUCUGUCGAAGGGCUGGCCUUUGUACCUCAGCACCAAAAACAUGAUUCUGAAGAAGUACGAUGGACGCUUCAAGGACAUCUUUCAGGAGAUCUAUGACAAGCAAUAUAAACCCCAGUUUGAAGCUCAGAAGAUCUGGUAUGAGCACAGGCUCAUUGAUGACUUGGUGGCCCAGGCUAUGAAGUCAGAGGGAGGCUUCAUCUGGGCCUGUAAAAACUACGAUGGCGAUGUGCAGUCAGACUCUGUUGCCCAAGGUUAUGGCUCCCUUGGCAUGAUGACCAGUGUGCUGGUUUGUCCGGAUGGUAAGACGGUAGAAGCAGAGGCUGCCCAUGGCACCGUCACACGUCACUACCGCAUGUACCAGAAAGGACAGGAGACUUCUUUUUUCAAUUUGUAUUUCAUUGAUACUAUAUUACAUUUGGUAGAAUAA